AUGUCUUCCGCUGUCGGUGGUGAUUCCUCGAAGGUACACGGGGAUGCAGCGGCAGGUUCAUUCUCUGGCUGUAUCACGGUGAUAUUGGCUGUCCUUAUGGUCAUAGUGGUUACAGUCACAGUGUUGGGGAAUGCUCUGGUUAUCCUUGCUUUUAUUGUGGAUAAGAGCCUUAGAAACCAAAGCAAUUACUUCUUCCUUAAUUUGGCAAUUUCAGACUUCUUAGUAGGUGCCUUCUGCAUCCCAGUAUACAUCCCUUAUAUACUGACUGGGCGAUGGAUGUUUGGGAGAGGCCUUUGCAAGCUCUGGUUGGUGAUGGAUUACCUCCUAUGUACAGCUUCAGUCUUCAAUAUAGUCCUGAUAAGCUAUGACCGCUUCCUUUCUGUUACUAGAGCUGUUACAUACAGAGCCCAGCAAGCGAUGACCAAGCAUGCUAUUACCAAGAUGGUUGCUGUGUGGGUGUUUGCAUUUCUCCUUUAUGGUCCUGCUAUAAUCUUCUGGGACUUUAUUGUAGGAAAAAGCAAUGUUCCCUGGGAAGAAUGCUACGGUGAGUUCUACCAUACUUGGUAUUUCCUGCUUAGUGCGUCAACAUUUGAGUUUUUUGCACCUUUCAUCAGUGUGACCUUUUUUAAUUUGAGUAUCUACCUGAACAUCAGGAAAAGAAACAAAAACAAAUUAAACUCAAUGAAAGAAGGAAACGGUCACUUCCAAAGCCGACAAGAUGCAGAGCAGCUAGGCUCAGUGUUCUUUGUGAAAACAAGAAAAACUUCUCAGAGCGAGCCAGUGGCUGAUGUUGUGGUGAUAGAAGGGGAGGACAGACCUUCCUCCAGCUGCCCCAGCAGCACCUUCUUUGCGUUCAAAAAGAAGAGGGGCUUAUGCACUUUAAAGGGCGUAAAUGUCAACACUUCGACAGCAGACGGACGGUUCGACACUGUGUCACAGAAACUCACCCAACAUUUCAGACUGUCCAGGGAUAAGAAAAUUGCAAAGUCUCUUGCCAUCAUAGUGUGCAUUUUUGGCAUAUGUUGGGCUCCGUAUACGCUGUUGAUGAUCAUACGAGCAGCCUGUAGUGGGCGCUGCGUGCAGUACCACUGGUACGAAAUCACCUUUUGGCUCUUGUGGUUGAAUUCAGCCAUUAACCCGUUUCUGUAUCCUCUCUGCCACAGCAGUUUUAGAAGAGCCUUUGCAAAGAUACUGUGCCCCAAACGACAGUCUAUACAGCCUCAAGUUGAACCACAAUCCUGUCAACAUUAAAAAAUAUAAAUGACCAGACCAACUGCAUUCUGAACCACUAAACAAAUGACAGACCAACUGCUUUGGUAA